GCUAGUUUGACUUACCGUUUCUUCGCAUUCUAUUCUACUGGAAGAAGCAAAAUGGUAAAAGGCAAUGGAGGCUGAAUCCAGAAAAGAAAAAAAGAAAGGCAAUAAAGGCGAUUAACGGCAAAGAGAAAGCUCACUAUCCCAACGGUCGCCAAGGAAGGACUUCAAAUUUGAAACCUAAAAUUUCCUCCGAACCCCAACCUCAGUACCAAGAGAAAGGAAAUAAGAAGUAAAGAACACUUUAGACAAGGAAUUACUACCGAGUACAACGAAUUCCUCCAUUCUCUCUGCACCUUCAGCCUCUCAGAUUUUUCGAAUUCAAAUGGAAGAUCUUCAAUUCAGCACCUUCAACGGAGUUACGGAAGCGAUGCCCGCCGAGCCUUCCUGUUUCUCUGAGUUUGGGGAAGACGUGAGAUUGCUGCGAGAUCCCGAAGAUUCUGCUGUACCCAAUGAAGCUGGGGAAUCUUUGUUCGAUUCUAUGCUUUGCGACUCCAAUUCACGGCUUGUCCCUUCUGGGUUUUCAAGCUCGAGCUGCACAGAACCAGAUGGAGUUUUGAGGUUUGUAAAUAGUGGGCAUGAGACGACAGUUGAAGCAAGCUCCACACUCAAAUUUAUGGGCGACUCUUCUUUUAAUGGAGGGACUGUGCUACGGACUGAUGAGGAUAUAACGGAUGCUGGGGAUUUUCCAUUUCUCUACCAGUCUGCGAGGUUCGGAAACUUCUGUUACGAGUUUCAUGGUCUUCCUCGAGGAGAUUGUUUCGUCGAUCUUCACUUCGCUGAGAUUAUAUACACCAAUGGCCCUAAAGGAAUACGAGUGUUCGAUGUAUUGAUACAGGAAGACAAGGUCUUAUCAGAAUUCGAUAUCUUCUCUGUUGUUGGAGCAAAUAAGCCUCUGCAAUUGGUUGGUGUGAGGGUCUCAGUGAAGGAAGAUGGAGAACUUGUAGUGAGAUUUCAAGGGAUUAAUGGAAGUCCUGUUGUGAAUGCAAUCUGCAUAAGGAAAGCACCUGAAGGGGCAGCACCUCAGCAGCCAAAGGAGUACCUUAGGUGCAACCAUUGUGCUUCAGAGAUCGAAGUUUCUUCAGCUGAGAAACGGCUCAUGAGGUCUAAGGCUACAGAUAAGUAUGAGAAGAAGAUACAACAGCUCACUACUGAUUGCCAGCGCAAGGCAAAUGAAUGCCAUGAGGCUUGGAUGUCAUUAACUGCUGCUAAUGAGCAGCUGGAGAAAGUCAGGAUGGAACUUGAUAACAAAACCUUUCAGGCCCGUUCUUUAGAUCAAACGGUGGGGGAACAAGCUGAGAAUUUAAGGAACAUUGCUACCAUGUAUGACCAACAUAAGAAGAGCUGGACAGCAGCAAUCAACAGUAUGCAAGAGAAAAUCAGGAUUAUGAAAGAAGAGCACAUUAGGCUUUCUCGUGAUGCACAUAGUUGUAUUGAGUCCAUACCCGAGUUAAAUAACAUGGUUGCUGGAGUUCAAGCAUUAGUUGCUCAAUGUGAGGAUCUAAAACUGAAGUAUAGUGAAGAACAAGCAAAAAGGAAGCAGUUGUAUAACCAAAUACAAGAGACUAAAGGUAACAUCCGAGUUUUUUGCCGGUGUCGCCCAUUAAGUAGGGAAGAAUCCUCAACUGGGUGUGCAACAGUUGUUGACUUCGAUGCAGCAAAGGAUGGAGAUCUUGGGGUUCUCACUGGUGGUUCCAACAAAAGGACUUUCAAGUUUGACAGGGUUUACACCCCUAAAGAUGGUCAAGUUGAUGUCUUUGCCGAUGCGUCACCAUUGGUCGUCUCGGUGCUGGAUGGGUACAACGUUUGCAUAUUUGCAUAUGGACAGACAGGGACAGGAAAGACAUUUACAAUGGAGGGGCCUGAGCACAAUAGGGGUGUCAAUUAUAGGACCCUUGAGCAAUUGUUCUCAGUUGCCCGAGAAAGGAGUGAUACUUUCACUUACAACCUUUCUGUCAGUGUCCUUGAAGUCUAUAAUGAGCAAAUUAGAGAUCUCUUGGCCACAUCACCAGCAUCAAAGAAGUUGGAGAUCAAACAAACUUCUGAAGGUUCUCAUCAUGUACCAGGGAUUGUUGAAGCAAAAGUCGAUAACAUCAAUGAUGUUUGGAGUGUGCUGCAGGCUGGAAGCAAUGCUAGAGCUGUUGGAUCGAAUAACGUCAACGAACAUAGCAGCCGCUCUCACUGUAUUCUAUGCAUCAUGGUGAAGACGAAGAAUCUGAUGAAUGGUGAGUGCAUGAAAAGCAAGCUUUGGCUUGUAGAUUUGGCGGGAAGUGAACGUUUGGCUAAAACUGAUGCCCAAGGAGAACGACUUAAGGAAGCACAAAACAUUAAUAAAUCACUUUCUGCUCUUGGAGACGUUAUUUAUGCUUUGGCAACAAAGAGUAGUCACAUCCCAUACAGAAACUCCAAGCUGACACAUUUACUCCAGGACUCAUUAGGAGGUGAUUCCAAAACCUUGAUGUUUGUGCAAAUUAGCCCUUCCGAGCAUGACUUGAGUGAAACUCUAAGCUCGUUGAAUUUCGCAACUCGAGUUAGAGGGGUUGAGUUGGGCCAUGCAAGGAAGCAAAUAGAUACAAGUGAGCUUCAAAGAGUGAAAGCAUUGCUGGAGAAAGCAAGGCAAGAAUCUAGAUUAAAAGAUGAGUCAGUAAGGAAACUUGAAGAGAACUUGCAGAACCUGGAGAAUAAGGCCAGGGGUAAAGACCAUGUUUACAAAAGCCAGCAAGAGAAGAUCAGAGAACUCGAGGGACAGCUUGAACAAAAGACUGCUAUGCAUGGCCAGUCAGAGAAACAGGUGUCUCAACUUUCAGAAAGACUUAAAGGGAGGGAAGAAAUAUGCAAUGAACUACAACAGAAGAUUAAGGAAUUGGAGAGCAAGCUGAAACAAAGAGAGCUAUCAGACCAUGAAACAUUUCAACAGAAGAUCAAGGAAUUGGAGAACAAGCUGAAACACAGAGAGGAAUCAGACCAUGAAAGUUUUAAGCAGAAGGUCAAGGAACUUGAGAAGAAGAUGAAAGCGCAAACCGAAGAGUCAGACUCUCGAUCCCUCACUCUUCAACUGAAGAUUAAGGAGCUAGAAAGUAGACUACAUGAACGGGAUCAAAACUCGGAGACUUUGGGGCUUCACCAAAAGAUUAAGGAACUAGAAGAAAAACUGAGAGAGCAGGAGCUGAUUUUGCAGCAAAAUAGGGGAACUAGCAGCAGCAAUGCAGUAGAUUGUGUUAGGGCAACUCCAAUAGAACGAAAAGCUUCUGGAAGAGAUGAUGAACGAAUGAUGACUGAUGCUGUUGAGGCUCACAUCUUGAAGAGCUCAAACUCAAUCAACCGGCCCUCAACUCACGGGCACAACAUGGUGGCAAAAGACAACAACCUCCUCCAUGAUGCGCGAAAGAAAAGACAUUCUAGAAGUGGGGAAACAGAGAAUAACAGCAUGCAAGCAUGCUUCAAUGAUUACAGAGGUAGGAAGUCUGACCCUCCAAAGAUUGCUAGAGUUACCAGACCAAUGACAACGAUGAUGACAAGGCCCCCAGUCAUAGGCGGGACUACUAGUGGCCAAGUGGGGUUGACCCACAAGAGAACAAUCAACAGAGAACCAACAACAGCAGGACAUGCAGCAGCAGUCAAGAAAAGGGGUGAUGCAAAGAAAAAUGUUUGGUGCUAGACAACAAUGCGAUGUGCCGAUGUCAUUCAUUUGUUUCUUUCAAAUGUUUGUUUGUGUAUUAGGAUCUGUGUUAUAUGUACCGUUGCUUUGCCUUCUGCAAGUGCAGCACCUUUACUCUGCUGAGCCUGAAAGGGAAUGAAGAAAUGAUACUGCCACAGGCUAACACUGUAUUAAGCCAGUGAACGGAAUGAGCGAAUCAUUGGGACUUUUGAAGCCUCGUGAUGAAUUUCAAGUGCAAGUUUUUUUCAUUUUCCAGUCUGCCAUAAAACUGUAAGUUGCAAUGCCAUGUACGUAGCGAUACCUUUGCACCAAGAAUGCUUGUAACCUUUCUAUUGUCCUGUCUGCCAUAAAUAUGGUUCUAUAUAUAUGCCACGAACCCAGUUAUGUCUGAUGGAAUCCAGUGUCUGAUAGGGUAAUGUCACAUGUGGUAGCUAGGGCUGGGCAUGCGGGCAGGCAGAUCCGCCCGCAUUUGGCUCAAAUUUCAUUAUGUGGGUGGGUGACGGGUUGUGCUCGGAGGCAUUCGUCGGGUGGGUUGUAAGCGGAUGUGCGGGUGACUCGCUCAAACUAACGGCAAAAAAUACAAAACUGUUGGCGCUAGAGAGUCGAGACGUUGACGAAAAUUAGGGCUACUACUGGAGAUUGAAUAUUAAGCCAAUUUUUCAAAUCUCGACUUCCCUCUUCUCUUUAUUUUUCAUCUAAUUCUUGUGCCCAAAUCACCGGGUGACGGGUUGUGCUCGGACGCAUCCGCUGGGUGGUUUGUAAGCGGGUGUGCGGGUGACCCGCUCAAACUAACAGCAAAAAAUACAAAACUAUUGACGUUAGAGAGUCGAGACGUUGACGGAAAUUAGGGCUACUACUGGAGAUUGAAUAUUAAGCCAAUCUUCCAAAUCUCGACUUUCCUCUUCUUCCCUUUAUUUUUUCCUCUAAUUCUUGUGCCCAAAUCACCUUCUUUCCUCCGUUGAACUAUUUUUCUUAGUUUCUGCACCUGAUAAUCAUCUCCAUCCAUAGAAAACUCUUCCAUCAUAGAAUUUUUAUCCAUUUUCGGAACUAAUUCGACAUUUUUUCUUCCCAUUCCAUCUUCUUGUUUCCGCCCGAUAACUCUCCACCAAUUAUCUUGUCACUUGAAGUGAAUCUCAAAUUUGGAGGGUGAAUGGAUAUUAAAAUGAAUUUUUAUUUUACAU